AUGUCCAAGUCACAGCAGAAGGCCGCUAAGCCCCUCCCCAAGUUCGACGUUGGCGCCGACUAUAAGCUGUUGCACAGCCUGGGCGAAGGCGCAUACGGCACUGUCGUUGCCGCCCUUCAUCGACCGUCUGGAAGGCAGGUCGCCAUCAAGAAGGUCCUACCGUUCGAGCACACCCUUUUCUGCUUGCGCACCCUGCGCGAGCUCAAGCUCCUUCGGUUCUUCUCUGACACUUGUCAAAACGAGAACAUCAUAUCGAUCCUGAGCAUCAUCAAGCCGGAGUCCUUGGACUCGUUCAAGGAGAUCUACUUCGUUCAAGAGUUCAUGCAGACCGACCUGCAUAGAGUCAUCCGCUCUCAGAAACUGACUGAUGACCACUGCCAGUACUUCGUGUACCAGACCCUCCGCGCUCUCAAGACCAUUCACAGCGCAGACAUCGUCCACCGCGACCUCAAACCCGCGAAUCUGCUCGUCAACGCCAACUGUGACUUGAAAGUGUGUGACUUCGGCCUGGCGCGCAGCGUCAAGACGUCGAGCGCGCAGGGUGGCAAGGAUAUCGGCAUGAUGACAGAAUAUGUGGCUACGCGGUGGUACCGCGCACCGGAGAUCAUGUUGUCGUUCAAGAUGUACACCAAAGCUAUUGACGUCUGGGCAGUCGGCUGCAUCCUAGCCGAAAUGCUCACCGGUCGACCGCUCUUCCCCGGCCGCGACUACAGCCACCAGUUGGACCUCAUCCUGGACGUCAUCGGUACCCCCACGCUGGACGAGUUUUACGGCAUCACGUCCCGUCGGUCGAGAGAUUAUAUCCGUGCCCUUCCAAUCCGCAAGAAACGCCCCUUCACGGCCGUCUUCCCCAAGGCGUCACCGGAUGCAAUCGACUUCCUUAACCGCACGCUCACCUUCGACCCCAAGAAGCGCAUGACGGUCGAGGAGUCCCUUCAGCACCCGUACCUGGCCGCAUAUUACGACCCCGGCGAUGAGCCGACCGUGCAUUCGAUCGAUCCCGACGCGUUCGAGUUCGAUGACAACAGGGAGCCCCCGAGCAAGGCUGAGCUCAAGCAGCUCUUGUACGAGGAGGUCUUGGCAUUCGAGCCGACCAUCUAA